AUGCAGGAGUAUGAUAUAAUAGUGCUUGGAACUGGAAUCAAGGAAUGUGUCCUAUCUGGCUUAAUGUCGCUGAGUGGGAAAAAGGUCCUUCACAUUGACAAGAACUCAUGCCAUGGAGGAGAAAGUGCUUCUAUUUCUCCCCUUGAGGAGCUGUACAGGAGGUUUAAGGUUCCUGGCCCUCCUAAAUCGAUGCGUCGAGGGAAGGAAUGGAAUGUGGACCUCAUCCCAAAAUUUUUCUUGGCCACUGGCCCUCUGGUUAAAAUAUUGGUGCACACUGAAGUGACUCGCUAUCUGGACUUCAAAGUUGUGGAAGGAAGUUAUUUAUUUAAAGCAGGCAAACUGUACAAAGUCCCCGCCACAGAGGAAGAUGCCCAGAGCUCAGAUCUGAUGGGCAUGUUUGACAAGAGGAGGUUCAAGAAGCUGCUGCACUUUGUUCAGAACUUUGACAUAAGAAACCCCCGCACACACCAGGACGUGGAUCCUGAAAAAACAACCACAAGAGAGCUGUUCAGCCGCUUCGACCUGGGACAGGAUGUUAUUGAGUUCACAGGUCACGCCAUAGCCUUACACUCCAGCGAUAGCUACCUGGAUCGGCCCUGUUUGGAAACCAUAAACCGGAUCCGGCUGUACUGCGAGUCUUUGUCUCGCCACAACACCAGUCCAUACCUGUUCCCCCUGUACGGGCUGGGGGAGCUACCGCAGGGAUAUGCCAGACUGAGUGCAGAGUAUGGAGGAACCUUCCUGUUGAACAAGCCAGUGGAUGAAAUCAUAAUGGACAAUGGCAAAGUGAAAGCUGUCAAAUCGGAUGGGAAGCUUUUCCUCUGUAAGCAGUUAAUCUGUGAUCCCAGCUAUGUUCCUAACAGAGUCAGGAAAGUUGGACGUGUCAUACGAGUUAUCUGCUUAUUAAAUCAUCCAGUUAAAAACACUCAUGAUGCCAGCUCCUGUCAGAUCAUCAUCCCUCAAGCGCAACUCAACCGAAAGUCAGACAUUUACAUAUGUGUGGUGUCCUACAGCCACAGUUUGGCCUCAGAUGGGAUGUACAUCGCCACCGUGAGCACGGCUGUAGAGACCAACAAUCCAGAGAAAGAAGUGGAGCCGGCCCUGGAGCUUCUUGAACCCAUCAUGCAGAAAUUUGUGUCCACCACCAACCUGCUGGUUCCAAAUGAGGAUGGAAGAAAGAGUCAGAUAUUUGUGUCCCGUUCGUAUGACGCAACAAACCACUUUGACUCAGAGUGUGAGGACAUUAAAGACAUGUACCGCCGGAUCACAGGAGCAGAGCUCUGCUUCGGGGGACCUCGGAAUCUGUCUCACGACUCCGAUGACGACUGAGAGACGCCCUCCACAUCAGGAAGAUGUGAUUGAACAGACAAGAAAAGAGUGAAAACGGCUGUGGAACACAGAGUGCAGCGUGAACCGUGACAUUUAAAUGUUGAAAUCCCCUUCUCUACUGAUUGGAUUUUUAUAAUUUGUUGUUUGAGGAAGCUUGUAAAAGUGGAGCUGUGUAACAUAAACACUUUUCCCUCCCUGUGUUAUUUUUCCCCUGCAU